AUGUCGAGUUUCCGUCGAAUGAACAAAAGUAUCCCUAGUCAGGUGAGUAAGCCAGUUUUGGCUGAAAUCCAGGGAGAAAAGCCCAUAGAUAAGUCCCGUGCUGAGGCCUUGUUGACCAAGUUCAUCAGUACUAGUGAGGCCAUCUCAUCGGCCAUUCCAGGAGCCAGCGAUGGGGUUGAAUUUUCCAACACUGGGUUUUCCAACGUUGCUGGUACGAAUCCUAAGCUUGGACAGUUGAAGAGAAUCCAAAGAGAGUUGAGAGGUCUUCCGCCGCUUCUGGCAGAGCUCGAUACUGAGUACAAGAAUGACGAACCAGCACAGAACAAGAAGAUUACGUUUGAUGAGUCUGGCGAGGCUGUUACACAGAACAAGAAGAUCAAGUUCGAUAGCGAAGAGCCUGAGGAGGCCGAGGCCGAGGCUGUAGCUGAAGGUGAAGAGGAAGCUGUGGAAGAGGCUGAAGAGGCUGAAGAAGCCGAAGAGGAGUCUGCUGAAGAUGUUGAGAUGGAAGAGGCGCCAGCGGCUGCCACUUCAAGCUUGAAGAGACUGCGUGAAGACGAUGAAGAAAAAGAGGUUGAAUCCAGCAAGAAGAAGCUGAAGACCGAUAAGCUGGAGAAGAAGGACAAGAAGGAGAAGAAGGAAAAGAAGGAGAAGAAAGAAAAGAAGGAAAAGAAAGAAAAGAAAGAGAAGAAGGAGAAGAAGUCGAAAGAUGAAUAA